UUCGCCGACUGUGAAACAUGGGAAAUGUGGUUCUUUCCAACGCCGUAGGAAAGAAAACGACUACAGACAGUAUUCCAUGAAUUAAUGAAGUCAAAGAGAUGCAGGCCGGGAUGUCAACUGAAUUCAGUAGUUUAACAAUUAAUACAAGCAUACAAAUUUGCUCGUUUGCACAGGAAUUGAGACACAAACCUGUUGGAACCAAGCCAGUCCGACUUUUUACAGACGAGGAUUUAGCAAAAUACCAUGGGCAAGAGGAUGGUCAGCCAAUUUACAUGGCUGUGAAGGGUGUUGUCUUUGAUGUCUCUUCAGGAAAAGACUUCUAUGGGAAAGAUGCCCCGUACAAUGCCCUGGUUGGGAAGGACUCCACGAGAGCUGUGGCGAAGAUGUCUCUUGAACCCGACGACCUCACAUUUGACACUAGUGGACUUACUGAAGAGCAGAUGAAGUCUCUUGAAGACAUUUUCAUAAACGUGUAUAAAGCAAAAUAUCCAAUUGUCGGCUACACUUCCAGACGCAUUCUCAAUGAAGACGGCACUCCAGACAAAAACUUCAAACCUGAAGAUCAGCCCAACUUUACCAUCAAGGAUGAAUUCUAAGCACUGCAGUACUUUCGAUGCAAAUGUGGUGGUUUUUACAUUAUUGUUAUGAUGAUUUUUUUUUUUUAAACAACACAUUUUUACUGUAGUAUCUCUAACCUACUGUGGUUUAUUGAGGACAUGGGGUGAAAAAUAAAAGGGAGUACAUUUUUUUCUGUACUUCAUGAGCCACUGUACUAAAGAUGAGUUUGAAUGUUGUAUCAUAAAAGAAGAACUUGGUACAGUAGACCCCAGUUACCCUGGGCAGAUUGGGCCCGAUUUAGUGAAAAACACGGAUUAACCAAAAUUGAGUUUACGGUUUGGGAAAUCCCUGCACUAUUAACUGAAAACUCAAAAAAUGCAAUAAUACAAAUAAAAUAUAAUGUCCGACAACGGUCAAAAUAUAUACUGAACAUAGUCAACGUUGUUCAGAUGCAGAGAGCUGGUUUAAAAAAAGUCAGAAGAGUGUUUAAUUGUCGUAACUGCCCUUCAUAUUUACACUGCCAGGCUAAGAGAGUCUUAAAUCUGAUUUCUGCUCGCUUGUCACUGGUUUCAAUAACUACAAUGCAGUACUCUCCAUUGGCUUGCACUAUACUGUACUCGGUUUCAUUGAAUUAAAUGAAGACCGUCAGCUUCCUCACAGAUGUGCUGAUUUCCACACUAAUAAAGCAUGCAAAUACCUGCUUCUGUAUAGAUCAGGUGAUUUCUGCACUGAUACAUUAUGAUAAUGUUCUGUAUUAAACCACAAGGAUUAUCGAAACAGAAGUUAGUGAAACCUGGAUUAACAGGCAUCUACUGUAUAAUCACUAAAUUAAAAAUUGUUGACCUGGGUAAAGAUGUUUACACAAGGGUGUCUACGAUACUGUCCUUUUUGUAACAGUUAAAAAAUCAGCUAUUUGUGUUACAUGCACUGCUGCCUCCAUUGUAAAGCUUUUAAAGGUCUAAAUGGGAAACUGUCAUUGACUUCUUGAAAGGUCAGAUCUGCCUCGGCGGGUUAAAGUUGUGAACCAUUUAUGUAAGUGCUUCGUGUUAGAUAGAUUUGUGCAGUAAACGCAUACUCUCAUGGGUGAGGUGGCUAUUUAGAUAGGAUGUUGUUGAGAGCUGGUAACUAGUAUCACUGAUUGAUAUUGUCUGGAAAUAGAGGUGAUAACAAAUUCUAAUUUUGAAGCUCAUGUUGCAAAUCACCAUUUGAAAGCAGUAGUGAAAAUGGGGCAAAUACUUCAGAAAACUACAUUAAUAGCUCCAAAAAACAAUUAUGGUUGCAUUUAGAAAUACAUUUUCCCAUUAUAGUAGUACACUGUGUGAAAACAGUACUUUGGCAUUGUAAGUCAAAGGGUAAGUUAAAAAGACUAAUAAAUACUUGUAUGAAAUUUUGUGUUUAAGAUCCUACACUAACCAUAAAUUCUAGUCUGACCUCAUUUUGUACAAUUUUGAAUUUUGUAUAUUAUGUUCUUUGUCUAAAAUCACUUUUUGAACUAUUGUUUUGUAAAAGGGUAAUCACAAUAAAUAGUAUCAUUUAUACAGACACGUUUUUGUUUAAAACUACAAUACUCACCUUAUGAAACUUAAGUAACUUUAUUCAAGUGGAAAAGUUUGAAACAUGUUAGAAUGUUGCCUUAUUACUAUAAACAAAUGUAAAGCCUAAAAAGUUUAAAGAGCCAUUUCUUACAUUUAAUUACCUUAAGUAACCUAUUGUUUUGUUCAACUUAUCAUUUCUAAUAAGUUCCUUGAUUUUGAAUUCUCAAAGUACAACCCGAUAGAGUAACCCUCUCCGCGAUGUGAGUCCAUAAGAAUUAGUUGCCCAAAGUUUCUACACAGCAGCAAGGAACAGGCUGUCUUCAGUGGAAUUAUAUGUGGAAAAGGCCUCUGUCCUGCAAAGAAAUAUGUAUUAGAAAUGAAAGGUUCAACUGCACAAUACAAAUGGUUGUAGUGACAUGCAUUACAUAUUUCAUUUAGUGAAGUCAACAAAAUCUUAUAUUCACACUUUCUGUAAUUGCACCUGUUUCAUAUUCCCCUUUACUCUUCAAUUAUAUUUAUUUUAUAAAUUGUAUGUUCCUUAAAUGGGCAUUUGCAACAUAAAUCCAAUAAGGGGGAAAAAAGCAAAAUCCAAAUCAACAAAUCCUGUGAAGGGUAAGGCAGUUGAUUUUUUGUUUUUUCAGAUAGUGUAAAUUCCAAAACAACAAGAAUUCAGUUGUUAUUCAAAUACCCUAAUACGUUUAUAUCCCAUAUUGUUUCUCUCAUUUCCAUUUUCGUGUAAAAAGACUAAUAUAUUCCUAUUGUAGCAGGGUCGUUGAACCAUUUAGGUCAGUAUUUUUUUAUCCUAUAACUACAGUAUAGUAUUGCUAAUUGACCAGCAGGUGGCAAUAGAUGGACGUCUUUUUUUUGAAAAUGCAUGAUUACUUACUGCCUUCACAGCUAUUGUUUGACCAGUGUGCCAGAAGGCAUGCUACAGAAAGUAACUAACUAACAUAGUCCUUCAGUGUGGUACAAAUUCACAUGAGGGAGCUAAACAGUUAAGUAAUAAUGCCAUGUAAAUGUAUAACUUAUGUUUAAUGUCUUGCAAUAAAUUCCACUUAAGAAAAAAAAAAAAAA